CACCCACGGGUCUCAGUGCUAAUCGCCACAGGGUAGGAAGCUCUGCCUUUUGAGCUCAGUUCCCGUAACUUGAGCCCUUACUGGUGACGUUGCGCCUAUGCCACCUCAAACUCGCCCCGCCUAUCGCCUAUCUCGUCCUACGCCCCGCCUCAGCCCUUGAAAGUCGCGGGACUGCGCGCUCCCGGCUGAGUCCCCCGCAAUACCAGAGGCUGUGGGUCCCUGUGGGAGGUGUCCUGAGACCUCCGCGGCUCUCAAGUCCGCAAGGCAGAACUCUCCAGAUGUGUUCCAGAAAUGGCAUGUUUUUCAUCCCAAUGUUACAUAAAAACAGCAAAGACCUCCCUGGGAUGACCCCUAGUGACCUGAAGACCUGUACUGAAGGGGCGGUGUUAAGUUUUCAUAACAUUUGCUAUCGAGUGAAAACGAAGAGUGGUUUUCUACUUGGUCAGAAAACAGUGGAGAAACAAAUACUACAUGAUAUCAGUGGGAUCAUGAAACCUGGCCUCAAUGCCAUUCUGGGACCUCCAGGUUCAGGCAAAUCUGUGUUGUUAGAUGUCUUAGCUGCAAGGAAAAAUCCACAUGGCUUAUCUGGAGAUAUUCUGAUAAAUGGAGAAGCACAUCCUUCCAAUUUCAAAUGUUAUUCAGGCUAUGUGGCACAAGUGUCUGAUGACGUCAUGAAGGGCACACUGACGGUGAGAGAAAACUUACAAUUUUCAGCAGCUCUUCGAAUUCGUACAACUGUGACAAAUCAAGAAAAAAAUGAGAAAAUUAAUAGGAUCAUUGAAGAAUUAGGUCUGGAUAAAGUGGCAGAUUCCAAGGUUGGCUUUGAAUUUAUCCAUGGUCUGUCUGGAGCAGAAAGAAAAAAGACCAGCAUUGGAAUGGAGCUGAUCAAUGAUCCUUCCAUCUUGUUCCUGGAUGAGCCCACUAAUGGUUUAGACUCAAGCACAGCACAUGCUGUUUUUGUACUUUUGAAAAGGAUGUCUAAGCAAGGAAGAACAAUCAUCUUCUCCAUUCAUCAGCCUCAGGACUGCAUUUUCAGGAUGUUUGAUAGUCUCACAUUACUGGCCUCCAGAAAACUGGUGUUCCAUGGUCCUGCAAAUGAGGCUAUACAGUUCUUUGCAUCAGCAGGUUAUAGCUGUGAACCCUACAACAACCCUGCUGACUUCUUCCUGGAUGUGAUUAAUGGAGACCCCUGUGCUGUGGCACUAAACAGACAAGAAGAAGACCAUGAAGCCGAUGAGACUGAAGAACUUUUCAAGAGACAAAAAUCAGCCAUAGAACAUUUAGCAGAAUUUUAUGCCGAGUCCUCUGUCUGCAGAAAAAUAAAAGAUGACUUAGAUCAACUCUCAGGAGGUGGGAAGAGGAGCUUAGUCUUCAAGGAGACCACCUAUGUUACGUCCUUCUAUCAUCAGUUUAAAUGGAUUGCCUGGCGUUCAUUCAAAAACCUGUUGGGUGAUCCUCAGAUUUCUGCAUCUCGGGCUGCUAUCCCAUUCAUAGUGGGAUUGGUUAUUAGUGGCAUUUUCCUUGGGCUAAGAAACCAUUGUACUUUAUUCCAGAAUAGAGCCUCGAUACUCUUUGUGCUGACAAUCUACCAGAGUUUCAGCUUCUUGGCAGCAGUGGAAACAUUUGUGUUAGAGAAGAAGCUCUUUAUGCAUGAAUAUAUCAGUGGAUACUAUGGACUGUCAUCUUACUUCCUUGGAAAACUGCUAUGUGAUUUACUAUGCAGGAAAUUGUUACCAAGUAUUAUAUUUAAUUGUACACUAUACUUCAUAUUAGGAUUGAAGCAAACAGUGGGUGCUUUUCUAAUCCUGAUGUUUUCCCUUGCGAUGGUGUCUUGUUCAGCUCAUUUUUUGGCACUGGCCAUUGCUGCAGGUCAAAGUGUGGUGUUUUUAACAACACGUCUUAUGGACAUCUAUUUUGUGUUUAUGAUGAUUUUUUCAGGUAUCACAGUAAAUCUUAGAACCAUGGCACCUCAGCUUGUGUGGCUUCAGUACUUCAGUAUCAUGUUUUAUGGCUUUACGGCUCUGCAACAUAAUGAAUUUUGGGGAGAAGACUACUGUGUGGGACUCAAUACAACAGAAAGCAGUAGUUGUCCCAACUAUGUAAUAUGUACGGGUGAAGAAUUCCUAACAAUCCAGGGCAUUGAUCUCUCACCUUGGGGCUUGUGGAAGAAUCAUGUGGCUUUGGCUUUUAUGAUGAUCAUUUUCUUCACCAUUGCCUACAUAAAGUUGUCAUUUCUUAAAAAAUAUUAUUAAAUUUCUUUAGUUUACUAAAGAUUACUCUCACAGUAAGAGGAGCAUUAAAGGGGG